AUGCUAUUGACAGAACAACCCUUGGCCAAGAAAUGGAAAAAUAUGUGGAUACGAACCAUCACAACUCUAUUAAUGGUUGGAACUUUUUUUGCUAUCUUGGCUUCUGGUCAUCUUUUUGUCAUUCUCAUGGUCAUUGCAAUUCAAACAUUGGUCUACAGUGAGGUGAUUGAGAUUGCACAAGUCCCAGCAAGAGAAAAGAAUAUGCGCUGGUAUAGGACCAUGAGUUGGUAUUUCUUGGUUGCAGCUACUUAUUUUCUCUAUGGAGAGUCCAUAAUAUAUUAUUUUCAAGAAAUUCUACUCGUCGAUGCGUUUCUCUUGCCUUUCGCAACUCACCAUCGAUUCAUAAGUUUUACGCUCUAUGUCAUUGGUUUCGUAUUUUUUGUCGUGAAUUUACAAAAGGGACUCUACAAACGUCAAUUGGCCCAGUUUGGAUGGAUGCACAUGGCACUACUGUUGAUCGUAUUUCAGUGCCAUUUUAUCGUUGACAAUGUACUUGAAGGGCUUAUCUGGCUGGUCUUGCCUGCUUCUUUAGUUAUUUGCAAUGAUAUAUUUGCUUAUGUAUGCGGCUUCUUUUGGGGAAGAACACAAUUAAUUCAACUUAGUCCUAAAAAGACAGUCGAAGGGUUUGUGGGUGCUUGGAUAUGUACUCUUGUAUUUGGGUUUUUGUGGGCAUCAUUUUUGAUGCGAUUUGAUUACAUGGUUUGUCCAGUAAAGAAUUUGUCUACUUCUGCAUGGUCAGCCGUAAGUUGUGAGCCAAAAAAUCCUGUGUUUACAGCAGUUCCAUGGGAACUAUCUCAAAACUGGAGUUCAUUACUCAGUAAAAUAACUGGUAGACAUGUAACCGAAGUUUGGAUUGCCCCCAUUCAAUUGCAUGCACUAGUCAUGGCUUGUUUUGCCUCUCUAAUUGCUCCUUUUGGAGGUUUCUUUGCGAGUGGGGUAAAGCGUGCCUUCAAAAUUAAGGAUUUUGGUCAAAGUAUUCCAGGGCAUGGUGGAUGGACUGAUAGGAUGGAUUGUCAGUUUCUUAUGGGUCUUUUCUCGUACAUGUACUACCAAAGUUUUAUCAAGACACACACUGCAUCAGUUGGCUCUGUUUUGGCCACAAUUGUUAACAACCUGUCACUGGGUGAUCAACUCGAACUUCUUGAACGUAUCUUGACGUACUUUGUGAACCAGGGUAUCCUCGAUUCAAGUGUCUUAAAAAACAAGCAAAACAAAUGUUUGAACAACGAUUUUAGCUUAAAAUAA